UUUUAUGUUAUCCACUUCAUCUUCAUGGACGUGUUCUCUCUGAGAGCGCCAAAACAAGUUACUCUCGAGUCCGUCUGAGCAAGUUACUCCACAACAUAUUAAUAAACUCACGCUAAAAGUUACUAAAAUCGCCAUGGUGGAGCUGAGAGAAUUCCACCGCUUAGUCUCACUUUGCCCUCCCAGUUUCUACUCCAACCACAACUUCAAGAAGCUUCAUCAUAACAAGCUUUCAAGAUUCAGCUUCAUCAACUUUCACAAAAACCCCUAUCUUCAUCAUCAAUAUGUGGUUCUUCAAAGCUCCCACAUCGUUUGUGCUUCGGCUUCAGCUUCUUCUAGCGCCGAUUACUCCGGACAAUUGUUGGACUCACAAGAGAAGAAGAAGGAGAGAAUAGCUGGAAUUGAUCAAGAUGAAUUGGUGGAGCCCACCGUUUUGGCUGACCCAGAUAGCUGUUUUUGUGAAUUCAGAGGUGUGCGCAUACACCACAAGACAUAUGAUGCCGAGUCAGAAGGAGCAAACAAGUCUUUGGAGAAGACUCAAAGCGUGUCUCAUCCGGUUAAGAAAAUCGGGUUUCCUAUGAUUUUGCUACAUGGUUUUGGAGCCUCUGUGUAUUCAUGGAGUAGAGUUAUGAAGGCUUUGGCUGAGGUGGUUGGUUCCAAAGUUGUUGCCUUUGAUAGACCAGCAUUUGGGUUGACAUCAAGGUUGAACCCUUUUGAGAAAUCGGCUUCUGGAAAUGGAGAUGCAAAACCUUUGAAUCCCUAUUCCAUGGCCUUCUCGGUGCUUGCCACUUUGUACUUCAUUGAUCGUUUGGGGUCUCAGAAGGCAAUCCUUGUGGGGCAUUCAGCUGGUUCUCUUGUAGCAGUUAAUGCAUAUUUUGAAGCCCCAGAACGUGUUGCUGCUCUGAUCCUUGUUGCACCAGCAAUUGUGGCCCCUCUCAUUGCGCAUAAGGAGCCUGUUAAGAGAACUCAAUUGGGAGGAGAUAAUCAGAUCCAAGAAGACAGCUCAAACAAGAAUAGCCUAGGGAACCCAUUUGUUCAACUUGGCAAUAUCCUGUCCAAGUUCGCUCAGUUUGUUUCCCAGGCAAUUAUGAAUAUUGUUAAGGGGAUGGCAAAUAUGCUAAACUCUCUGUAUAAGAAACUAUUGUCGGCUAUUCUGCGCUCAGCUUUUGCUGUGAUGUUGGUAAGGAUGAUAAUUGAUAAAUUUGGUAUUGCUGCUGUUAAGAAUGCAUGGCAUGACUCGAAUCUAGUCACUGAACACGUCCUCCAAGGUUAUACAAAGCCAUUGAGGACUAAGAAUUGGGAUAGGGCACUAGUGGAGUACACUGCAGCAAUGCUUACUGAUACCGCUCCUGAAUCAAGUCCACCGUUGUCAAAAAGACUGCAUGAAAUCUCAUGUCCUGUUCUGAUUGUUACGGGUGAUGAUGACCGACUUGUCCCCGCAUGGAAUGCUGAGAGGCUUUCACGAGCUAUACCUGGCUCCUGCUUUGAAGUAAUCAAGCAUUGUGGCCACUUGCCACACGAAGAAAAAGUGGAUGAGUUCAUAUCGAUAGUUCAGAAAUUUCUGCAAAGUGUUUAGCAGUGACUCGGAGAAGCAGCAUUGUGAGUCGUAGUUUGAGCUUCUGUCUCUUGCUUGCAGCCAACCCAAUUUAGCUACCUUCAAGAGGGUACCGGUGGCCUUUAUAGAAUAAGAACUUGGAAUCCCAACUUCAAUCACAGCUGGCCAAAACAAUGGAAACUAUCCCACAGAGCCAAGUUUGAGACUGACGCUGUCACGCUGCAAUACUAAUAAUGCUUCCUUCUAGCUUGUACAUAAUUUGAAUUCAACAAAUUGAAAAGAAAAUUAGAGUUAUAGCUAAUGUAAUCAUUAUUUCUUUCAACAUGGCGUAGCUAAAAUGCUAGAUAUCACUGUUGAGGUUUUAAACCUAUCAGAAAUUGUCGUGUCGAGUUGUACAAGCUAUUGUGAUUGUGUAAUAACAUGAGUAAACUAGUGGUGAGUGGUGAUGUGUGGCAUCGGUAGAACAUUGGAGGAAAUUGUAUACUUUGCCUUGAUUUGCAACAUUAGAUACUAAAGUAUGAGGAGCAGCCCAGCCAAUCGUUUUCCAUAUUUACAUCUCUGGUUGAUAGACUUGU